AUGGAGAGGAUUGCGUCCUUAGGGACCGGCAUCGCAGAGGUCGUUGUUCCAACAUAUGAAGCCUACAGCGCACUCCUGCAGAGGCCAGAAACCAAAGCCGCGAUUAAAAGCGUCAAGAGAGAAACAUUUUCAUACGGACCCCACAAAAGACACAAACUUGACUUGUACAGUCCUCCCGGUAUUGCAGAUCACGUCUCGCAAAGACCUCGACCAGUCUUGAUCUUCACUUACGGCGGUGCUUUUGCGAAUGGUGAUAGGAUCCUUGAUGGAAUUGACGGAGGUUUAGUGUACGCUAACGUGGGCGCUUUCUUUGCAUCAGAGGCCAACUUUGACACCAUCGUUCUGGACUAUCGCCUCCUCAAACACGGUGCGAAGUAUCCCUCAGGGGGCGAAGAUUUUGGGCUAGGUCUCCAGUGGGUUCAGGACAGGUAUCAGCAUGGAGGACGAAGGGAAAUAUAUGUCAUCGCCAAUUCUGCAGGUGCGGUUCACCUCAGUACAUGGCUGUUCUCACCGAGAUUUGCCAAAGAGCGAUUGCAACUGUUGAGCGCCUCGAGUGAAGUGCGGCUGACAAAAGUGGUGUUCCUGGGAUGCCCGUUUCGACUGGACUAUCAUGGGGGAAUGAAACCUGUGUUGGAAGUGUACUACGGCACCGAGGAAGACACCAAGAGGGCUGAGCCCACCCAAUUGAUGUUGACAGGGAUCCGGGAAAAGGACUCCAUCGACAUGACCGUGAUGCCGGGUAUUCUGACUGCGGUUGCGGAGUUAGACCCAAGCUUCAUUGUCGAGCCCGGGCAAGAGUUCUCCAAGCUUUGGAGAGAAUGUGGCGGCAAGGGUGAUCACUUGGUUUUGAGGGGGCAUAACCAUAUCAGUCCUCCACUUUCUCUGGGGACUGGUUCAAGGGAAGAGGAGCACUGGGGUCAUCAAGUGGUUGGAUGGCUUCGAGGCGAGGCUUUAUGA